ACAACAAGAGAGCGUUCUCUUUCUCUUACACAUACAGAUUCUCUCUCACACUCAUUCCCAUUUCACUAAUGGCUAAGGAAAAGAGAAAGAGUAAGGGGAAGGAACGUGAAAGAGAUGGUGAUUUGAAGCGAAAACGAACCCAAGAACUAGAACGUGAUGAUUAUUCACUAACGGCUAAGGAAAAGAAAAAAAGUAAGGGGAAGGAACUUGAAAGAGAUGGUGAUUUGAAGAGAAAAAGAAUCCAAGAGCAAGAACGUGACGAUCGUGCUGAAAAAGAGAAAGAUUCGAGUGCACCAAGGUUUAGAAGAAGAAUGGACUUCGGAGAAUGCAGCAAGAAAAACAAGAAGAAGAAGAAAAACAAGAAAAAGAAGGAAAGUAGCGAUGAAGAUGAACUUGAUUCUUGGUUGCGUGAAAGAGAUGAUUCUUGUGGUUGGAACGGUCAACGAAUAGUUUUUAGAGAAGAAAUAAAAAGCGAUCCAAAAUAUGACACGCUAGAUGAUGUAAUAAAUGUUGAAGAUAAUAUUGCUCGUUUGAAGAAAUUUACUGGGCGUGCCGGGGAAGUACCUCAAAUUAGGCACCGCCUAAAUUCUGCAAACAACGAGUUAAAAGUUGUAAGGAGGAAUUACCAUUUGAAAAUGCCCAAAGGCAAAGGGAGAGGAAGCGAUAAAGCGAAGAAAAAGUUUCAAUGAGGAUGCAUGGAAUUUGGAAAUGCGCAAAGACAAAUGGAGAGGAAGCUAUAAAGCGAAGAAAAAGUUUCGAUGAGUAUACUGCAUAGUUUCGUUUUUCCUGUCAGUACUUUGGUUGUUUUGCUAUGUGAAUCAUAUCAAUCAAUUUGUCAAUUAACAUGUGUAUAUUGUAUGCAAUACCAAAAACCAACUUUCAUUUCAGUA